AUGUUAACAGAGAAACACCAGGCUGAGCGCAGGAAGUGGCUGGAGGAGAGGCUGUCCCUGAUUGGUCAAGCUAAAGAGGCGGAGGAGAAGAGAAAUCAGGAAAUGAGAAAGUUUGCAGAAGACCGAGAACGCUGCACUCGUCAGCAGAGCAACUUGGAGUCUCAGCUUGUAGAGAAGGAGAAGACCAUGGAGAAUUGGAGGAAGGAGAGAGACACUCUGGUUUCAUCUUUAGAAGUCCAGCUAAAAAAGCUGCUUUUCAACCAAGCAGAGAAAGAUAAACUCAUCCAAGAGCUGCGGGUACAAAACUCCCAGCCACCACGAGAGGUUAAUGAUGGAGGUGUUGGUGCCAGUGUGACCAGACUGCAGGCUGCUCUGGCUGAGAAGGAGGCAGAGAUUCAGCAGCUGAAGGAAGCACUUGAGGCCUCAGCAGCUAAACAGGACGGUUUGGUUACACAGACUAAAAACAAUGUGUUUGCUGAGAAAUCCAAGGAUGAAAGUGUUAACAUGAGACCAGAAAGGACCAGUAACAGAGCUUCAGUCAGCAGUCAGAGCUCAACUGGCUUUCCGUCAGUCCUCGAGUCCUCAGAGAUUUCCACGGAGAACGGCAAAACAAGCCGCUUUCCUCGUCCAGAACUGGAGAUCUCCUUCAGCCCUCUGCAGCCGAACCGCAUGGCUCUGCGGCGCCAGGGGGAGGACAGCGCUGUCACCGUCAAGAUUACACGCACAGCAGCACGCAAGAGAAAGAGCGGCGAGAUGGAAAAGUCUUAUCUUUUCAGAAGGACUAAACGACGAGCAACACCUGAGGAAGAAGUGGAAGCAGAGAACAGAAGGAACACAAGAAGCAAACUCACACCAAAGCUGACUCCACAGAAAGAGGAGAUCUCCUCCCCUGCAGGUUCCCACGACCCCCACAGCAGCAUCCAAGGCAAGAAGGAGGGAACGCUGCAGAAAAUCGGAGGGUUCCUGCAAAGCUCCCCAACUCUGCUCGGCACUAAAGCCAAGAAAAUGAUGAGCCUGGUGAGUAGUCGGGUGGAGACGGAUUCAGCAGCCACCUCUUCCUCCCUUCUUCUGAGAACAAAGAACAAAAGAAAACUCUUCAGGCCUGAGAUUUCUGGCCCCAUGGAGAUGCCUGCACAUCCCAUCAUCAGUCAGGACACAGAGGAGAGAGAGAGCGACAAUCAGAUCAAGAGGCGCCUUCGCUCCAAAAAGGCUAAAUAACUAACCAUCAUACACUACUGUACACUCUUGUUUUUUUCUUCUUUUUAAGUCUUAAUAAAUGAAGGAAACAUUUA